UUCUGCGAAAAGGUUCACAGGUGCAAGAAUAACACCAGUUCGCGUUAAAUUAGAGUCAAAUAUAACGAAGACGUGGCGCGCGUUGCAAAUCAUCUCUGCUGAGCAAUCCACACGCAAACGGCUGCAAAAUUGCCACCCUUACAUCAGUUUUGACCCACUCUAUCAGUCCCUUUCUACACCAACACCACCCCAACAUCAGAAGUCUACGAUCGCUAUCAUGCCGCCUAAAAGAAAAGAUUUCCCAAAGCCAAAACCAAAGGGAAAGGCGAGGGCUCAAGAACCGCAAUCAGAGAACGAUUUCCUUGAUGCUGCAGAUGACUUUGAGCAAGCAGCUGGAAAAUGGCGCGCCGGCGAUGCAGCAAAGGCGACACGAUUCUUCAACAGAGCAAUUGAUAUGUACAAUCAAGGUUUGAAGCGAUAUCCGCGCUCCUUCGAUCUAGCAUACAACAAGGCAAAUCUCGAAUACAAUAUGACGGAAGACGAGCGCAUAAUCUCGCAACUAGGAAACAAGACUGCUUUGCUGGAAGAAACGCUCAAGUCUCAUCGCUUUGCCAUCUCCUUGAACCCAACAAACACCGACAUUCUGUUCAACGCAGCGCAAGUUCUCACCUCACUGGCUGAAGCUUUGUUCGAAGCUGGCACGCAAGCAGGUGCGAAGUAUGAAGCGAGGCCUCUGCUCGAGGAAGCUGUUGACAUUUUCACAACAUGUCUGGAGAGCCAGCAGCGAGAGUACGCGCAAAUGCAAGCCGAGAUAGCUCAAGCGCAGGCCUUGGGCGAGUACCAGGAAGCUUGGGAGGGUGAACGACAGCAACCAGCAGAUACACAACCGGAAGAGGAUAUGGACAUAACUUCAGCCUCGUCAGAAUCACCCGGCGACUGGGCUACUGUCGAAGAGCCUGUAACUCCUGAGACAAUACUAGAAACGUGUACAGCCCAGCUGGGCGCUUUGACUACCUUGCUCGGACUAUACGAUCCCAACACCGACCUGUCUAGCAUAGAGAAGAAAGCACAAGAUGGUAUGGAAACAGCGAGCACGAGAAUCCCAGCUUUGAUCCAUCUUGUUGACAGCUCGCCACCCCUGAAGACCGCGCCCGAACAACAGGCUGGGCCAACGCUCUCCAUUGGCUCAACUCCAGCGGUGGAGGAAGCCGAAACGGCGCCCAAGGACGAUGCUAUCCUCGCUGCCGUAAACUUCCAAGCUAGCAUAGCUGAGGCGACAUAUCGUAGUGGUAAAAGCUCUUCAACGGAAUACGCCCAAGCUGUUGAGCAGACGUUCAGCAGUUUGAUCAAAACCGCUGCAAAUGCCUCAGGUCCUGACCUCGCAUCAAUCAACAUCCAGUCUGCGUAUGCAGAUGCGCUCAUGGAUCUUGCAUCCGCACUAGCAGACCAUGCCCAGCAUGCCGCUUCAACGCCAGCUAUCUCAACAGAUAUUGAGGUCCAAUGGACUGCGCUCACUCAAGCCCAAACCCUUCUCACUCGACUGGCUUCCGCCCCCUACACAUCCAUCCUUACUCCCUCUCGUCUAGCAGACGUCUUUCUUGCCCGAGGUGAUACCGACCUAUUCCGCUUCCGGAUCUCCCUCUCCCACAUCGCGAAACCAGCGUGGACCAAGAGUGGAUCUGUCCUACUUGCCAAUGCUGGCGUAUUCUACCGCGGAGCGAGGACGUAUGCUGAGAAAGCAGGUGCUGCUGAAGUCCGUAAGACGACAGAUGCGAAGGCAAUCGUGGCGGAGAUCUUGAAGGAAGUGGCAAGUGGUUCGGCAACGGCGAAGGAGCAUUGGAAAGGGAAAGGUACGGAUGUGGCAAAGGCGCUGGAGCAGAUGGUCGAAGAAGGCAUUGUGGGGCGCGAGAACGUCGAAGGUGUGCUGAGGUUGACGCAGUAAUCAAUAAGUUGGUCUAGAGACAAUUUGCUGCUCUCUCCUGUUGCAGGCUCCGUGAGUAAUUGCGAGACGCCACUCAGAACAAUCUUCCUUAUCGCUCUUAUGAUCUUUUCAUUAUUUAUCCUUUCAGCGCUCGUAUUACCUUGGAUCUUGCAACUUUCGUGGUUCAACUGGAUAUUCAACUAGUAUCAUCCAAACCAGCAGCAACUAUCCGGCUACGCAGGCAAUAUUUCCUCACGUUUGAACUUUUGGACCUUUCUGGAGGCAUUACCUAUUCACGAACAUUGUUGUUAUCGCCAGAGUUGCUUGGAAGUGUACUAGAGCUUUAGGAUAGUACAUCGGGAGGAUUGUCAUUGGUAGUCGAUAGU